AUGCAUGGAAAGUCCAUCAAGUUUACACCCUACGAUUUGAAGUCCAAAGCCGCCAAGUACAAGAGAUGGUCGCCGAAAAUGGAUCAGUUCUUGAUCAAGCUCUUAUCAGAUGUGGUUCACAGUUAUGCCAAAGAGGAAAGACCUCAAUUGAACAAAAAGGCAUGGGCAUACAUAUGUAACCAACUCAGAAUCGCCAACCCUGAAACCGUGUAUGCCACGUACACCAAGUACUCAUGUCAGCAGCAUUUGAUUCAUGUGAUCCACAACCGGUACAAAUUGUGGUAUACUUUGAUGUUGCAUAGUAAAAAUGCAGACCCAAACGUGGGCUACUCAUUCAAAUGGAAUCCAAACUUGGGAAGUUUUCAGAUCAUUGUCACGGCAGACAACACAGUAAUAACCGAUGAGAGCAUCAUCAAGUCCAUAAUCUAUGGAGAGUCGUUGCCGUUACCACUGGUGGAAAAAUUUCCAAAGGGGAAUGUAGUGGUGAAUGAUUUCUUCCUUUCGGAUAAUUUUCUGUACAUGUCUGACUAUCACAAUGAAGUGUUGCCUAUGUUGAUAGAUUCAGAUCCGCUGUACAUGGAAGGGUUUGGGAGUAUCUAUAACGACAUUCCCAAGUUCAAAUACGAGGGUUUCAACACAGAUUAUCAAAAGCCGUUGCAGAUGAUAAGAGCUAAAAGAACACCCGAUAAGUAUAACGGCUCGAGCUCCAUUCCCGCCAGCGACAACUCCUCUACCAGCCACAAUCACACACACCCCAAUCUGUAUCAACAGUUGGUGUCGCAGUCGCACAACCAGCACCAUGGCCAUGGCCAUACUGCUUCCAACCAGGUGCCUGACUUAUCCUCACAUGAUGUUUCAAUGGAGAAAAGAAGCCUACACGGUGAUUUCGAAGGAGAUUUGUCGAGCACUGGCAUCGCAGAAUUUCACAGUCCCCAGGGAGUCCCAGGAGCGAAUGAUCCUCAAACCUACCAGAAGGACCGGCCUUGGUUCACCAAAUUGAUGGCUCUCCAUGAAAGUAAUCUCAUCACCAUCAACGAUUUUUUUACGGUUUUGGAAGGUGUGAGGGACAGCAGGUUUCCCUUGCCUUUACUCAACAUCUUGGAUCCUGGAGCCGGUGAGUCCAAACUUAGUGAUCGUGAGAUUGCCAAGAGAACUAAAAUGUACAUUAUCCCUCGGUGUGAGUCGUUCAAGCACUGA